UUUAAUAGUUGUACUUUUGUAACAAAAUAUUAUCUUAAAGAUCCUAAUGAAAAAAUACCAACAGAAAAAAAGUUAAAACAUAUACAAGUUGAAGAACUUAUUAAACAUUUGCAAAAUAACUAUAUCAAUUGUUGGAAUAAA